UUCUUCCUUUUUCUAAUCCUUUCCAAUCCACGUUGAAGUUAAUAAAAAAACCAAAAAAAUAUGAACACUCCUAUAAAACUCGCCUUUCUCAUUCUAUGUAUCGCCCUAACCGCAACCGCAAUCGUAGUCCCAGUCAAACGUGACGCCGUUACACCAGAACACGAAAAAGCCGUCGCAGGAAUAUGCGGGGUUGUCCAAGACAAACGUCUCUGUAGCAUAACCUUGAAAACCGUCCCAAGCAAUGAUCCAGCCGUUUUGGUUCGUCACUUAGCCACAGCUGCUGAGAGCUCCGUUAAAAAAGGUUUGAAGUUCCUGUCCGGAAUCAAACCCAAGUACAAGGGAGACAAAUUUGCCACAACUUGCAUCACCAGUUGCGAGAAACAGCUAAACAACGCCUUGGAAGACUUUUCAGAUUUCUGGAAAGCCGCGGGAAAAGACAUAACAAGCAUGGCUGAUAACUACUUUACGUGUAAGAAGAAGAUGACUUCGAUCUUUAACUACCAGUCGAGUUGUCUAGAUGACAUCUACGACAAAACGUUGUUGAAAGAGGUUCAAGGAGGGAUAGGGCUUGGGAAAAGAAUGAGUAGCGAGUCUUUGGAUGUGUUCGAUGGAAUGGGCAAAGUCUUUAACACUCUCAACAUUAAGACCAAACUUAACCAGAAAGAUACCGAUGCGUUGCUCCCACCACCUUUGUCCUUUUACUACUAUUGAUUUAUUUAUAUAAUUAAUACUAUAUAAAAAAAUUGUAUGUCGUUGCAAUGGUGAUGAAUAAUUUGCAUCAAUUGGGGGUUUUUUUUAGAUAUUUUAGGAAUCUUUUAAAGAAAGGUUUCUUUUGAUGUAUGAUU